AAGAUAUUGUUCUCCAUAACACUCAUAUGCUAUCUUCAACUUUUUAAAAAAGGAAGGCACUAAGAAUGGGGGAAUAAUUCUAGAGGCCGACGUUACACGCCACACACUUCGAUAGCUUCAAAUAUCCAACCAAAAAAGACAUAUUCUCCCCAUGGGAAUCGAAAGGGAUUUUUUUUUUUUGGUAAAAAUAAAGUAGGUAUUCAGGGUUACAAAAUGCUUGACUUCGCGUCCCUAUAAAUAAGAAGUAGAGCCUAUCAUAUUUGGCUUACGUUCAAGGGUUUCUUCGGGAAUUUCAGAUCUGAAAAAAUUCAGAAUGAUGAGUCCGCUUUGAUAGUUGCGAGACCGUCGAUCGAGAUCGCAAGAAGAUUUAGGGACGUCGAUUGCGAGCACAGGUUGCAGACCAAGGUAGGCAGUCAUGUCGACCCCUGCAAGAAAGAGGCUGAUGAGGGAUUUCAAGCGCUUGCAGCAGGAUCCUCCGGCUGGCAUCAGCGGCGCUCCUCAAGAUAAUAAUAUCAUGCUCUGGAAUGCUGUAAUUUUUGGGCCCGAUGACACGCCUUGGGACGGAGGUACGUUCAAGUUAACCCUUCAGUUCACAGAGGAUUAUCCCAAUAAGCCACCAACAGUCCGUUUUGUAUCUAGGAUGUUUCAUCCUAACAUUUAUGCUGAUGGAAGCAUAUGCUUGGACAUUUUACAAAACCAGUGGAGCCCUAUCUAUGAUGUUGCAGCUAUCCUCACAUCUAUUCAGUCUUUACUUUGUGAUCCGAAUCCAAACUCUCCAGCAAAUUCAGAGGCUGCCCGCAUGUUUAGUGAAAACAAACGGGAGUAUAAUAGAAGAGUUCGGGAAAUAGUCGAACAGAGUUGGACAGCAGACUAAAUCAUUUUGUUUGCUGGUUUUAAGGAGGUUUGCGAUAUUGUUGAGAGGAGUUUAUGGACUAUAUAUAUCAAUGAAACUUUGACUUAAAUCAAUACCAUGAGUAUGCAUCUACUGAAUGAUUCCAAGCCUGGUCUUAUGUUCUAUGGACUUGUGGUAAGUCUAUUUUUAUGUUCUGGCUUUUUGCUAUUUGUGAAAGUUGUGGCUUUGCUCCCAUGCAUAAUCAUGGUAUAGGCAAGGAUAAUAGAUAUGGACUAUUUGACAGUAAAGGGCAGAAAUUUUUUCAUAGCCCAUGUAAUCUUCCCCCUUGUUCUUAUCUUGCUUUGUAUUGUAUAUAAUCAGUAAACUUGAUUAGAAUAAUAUCUAAAUAUACCUUUGGGUUGUGCCUUCCUUUUAUUUGAA